AUGCCACGCGUUGCCAUGAGAAGAAAAGCCGAAUCUGAUCCCACAACAGAUGUUGAUAACAAUAACAAGGAUGAUUCCGCCGGUCCCAAAGGCAAGAGAAUGCGUACAGCAUUCUCUCUACCGUUGCCAGAAAGACCGCGCAUUGUAGGUCGCGCCUUGGUGUGUGGACAAGGUGAUAUGGGCCAGCUAGGCUUGGGCGACGACGACUCCAAAUUUGAACGUAAACGACCAGCGUUACUUGAGAAAAUCGCCAAUGUUGUGGACGUUAAAGCUGGUGGCAUGCACAAUUUGGUAUUGACACAUGACGGACGUGUUUUUUCCUUCGGCUGCAAUGAUGAAGGCGCCCUCGGCCGCGACAGCAGUGAAGAGGGCUCCGAAUUUGAACCUCGUCCCGUGGACUUGCCCGGUAAAGUAUUGAAAAUCUCAGCGGGCGAUUCACAUUCGGCCUGUUUGCUUGAAGACGGCAGAGUUUUUGCCUGGGGCUCAUUUCGUGACUCACAUGGUAAUAUGGGCUUGACAUUGGAAGGCAACAAAAGGAUGCCCAUAAAUGUAUUACCAGAUAUGACUUGUUGUGACAUCGCUUCCGGAGCUGAUCAUUUGGUUAUUUUGACUUGCCAAGGUAAGGUUUAUACGGUUGGAUGUGCUGAACAAGGACAACUGGGUAGAGUGUCGCUACGAUCUGCGUCCGGUGAAGGUAGAAGAGGGAAAACUGAGCUUCUAAAGCCAGGCUUGGUUGUGAUAAAGAACAAAAAUAAGCCCAUUGAAGCUAUAUGGGCUACUAAUUACUGUACAUUUUUGCGUGAAUCACAAAGUGGAAUCAUAUGGGCAUUUGGAUUAAAUAAUUACAAGCAACUACUUGCCAAUGCCAAGGAUUUGCCCACCAUCAUUAAUCCAAUUAAUACGAAAAUUGAAAACGUGAAGCAGAUAGCUGGUGGCCAACAUCACACUCUGAUUCUGAAGGAGGAUGGUUCUGUUUUUGUUAUUGGUCGCAAAGAUUACGGACGUUUGGGAUUGGGAACGGUGGCCGAUGAUGUGACAGAACUCAAACCCAUUACAGCAUUGAAGGGUAAGAAAAUCGUCAGUGUAUCUUGUGGUGAAGCCCAAUCAUUUGCUUUAACCGAUGAUGGCAAGCUGUAUUCCUGGGGUAUGGGUUCCAAUCAUCAAUUGGGCACAGGGUCGGACGAUGAUGCUUUAGAGCCCGUGCUAAUUGUAAGCAAACAGACCGAAGGAAAACGUAUAAUCAGAGCAUCCAGCGGUGGACAACAUAGUAUAUUUUUAGUGCAAGAUGAAAGCCAGCCGGCCUCCGAAGAAACUCCCAAGGAAAAGCCAGCGAAGAAGACUCCAGCUGCAUCCAAGUCUAAAGCAGCAAAUAAAGAAAAUGAAGAAAAAGACGAAGCUCCAGUUGAAGAAGAAAAGGCAAAAACAAAUGGAGAAAACGGCAAAGAGGAAGACGAUGCAAAGUCAAAUAACACAGAACAAGCCCAGAAAGAGGAGCCUAAAACAACAUCGGCCCCACCACCAGCUAAAAAAGGGCGCAAGAAGAAAUAA